AUGGCUUCAACUAACCUCCAUUUCCUCCUUAAAUGGUUUAUGCUAUUAGCCCUUUUCAGUUGGGUGCAUUUCCCAUCUAGGGCACUUGCCAUUGGUGUAAACUGGGGACGAAUGGCGUCGCACCCUCUCCCGCCGGCCCAGGUGGUUCAGCUGUUGAAGGCGAAUAAAGUGACUAAAGUCCGGCUCUUUGAUGCUGACCCUGAUGUUCUCGAAUCCCUGGGCGGUUCCGACAUUGGUGUUAUUGUUGGUGUUCCUAAUACUAUGCUCCGCAGCUUGAACUCCUCGCUUAAGGCUGCUGAGAAUUGGGUUCAUGAUAAUCUUACCCGAUAUGUUUCUGCUGGAGCUUCGAGUGCCGUCCAAAUAGAAUACAUAUCUGUUGGGGACGAUUCAUUUCUUCAGAGUUAUGGCAAACAAUUUUAUCCUUUUGUUGUUGGUGCUGCUGCAAAUCUCCGGACUGCUCUGAUCAAAGUUGAGCUGGCCGAAAAGAUUAAAAUUGUCAUUCCUUGCAGUUAUGAUGCAUUCCUGUCGGAAUCUGGCCUACCUUCGGGCGGACAAUUUAGAACUGAUAUCAAUAAAACCAUGUCUGAAGUGCUGACAUUUUUAAGCAAGCAUAGAUCUCCAUUCUUUGUGACAAUUUCCCCAUUCCUGAGUUUCCACCAGACCAAAAAUAUAUCCCUUGACUUGGCUCUCUUCAAACAAACAGCACGUCCUCGUAAUGACAGUGGUAAAUCCUACAGAAAUGGCUUCAAUCUGAGCUAUGAUACGCUCGUGAUGGCCCUGUCAAGUGCUGGUUUUCCUCAUCUGGAUGUGAUCAUUGGUCAGAUUGGUUGGCCUACAGAUGGAGCAGCCAAUGCUACUUCAUCCAUAGCCCAAGAUUUCAUAAGAGGCCUAUUGGGUCACCUCGACAGAUCUGGAACUCCACUGAGGCCUCAAACUCCACCUUUGGAGACUUAUAUUUUCAGCCUUCUAGAUGAGGAUCAGAAAAGCACAGUCGCUGGGAAUUUUGAGAGGCACUGGGGCAUCUUUACUUUUGAUGGCCAAGCCAAAUACCAGGUUGAUUUAAGCCAUGGAUCCAACAGACUAGUGAAUGCGCAGAAUGUGCAGUACCUUUCUUCCAAAUGGUGUGUCGUAAACAAUAAUAAAGGCAUGUCCAAUCUAACUGCACAAGCUUCGCAAGCUUGUUCUACUGCAGACUGUAGUGCACUCUCAUUAGGUGGUUCCUGCUACAAUCUAUCUUGGCCUGCAAAUGUUUCGUAUGCUUUUAACAGCUACUAUCAACAGCAUGAUCAAAGGGCUGACAGCUGUGCCUUUGGGGGCCUAGGUUUGAUCACCACUGUUGAUCCUUCAGUCGGAAGUUGCAGGUUCCCAAUUGGACUCAGGAGUUCGCUCUCAGCACCGGUUGACCGAUCUACUAUGUUCCACCUGUUCAUCUCACAAGUUGUAACCAUAGCCAUUUUGUCUUGUUUAAUGAGGGAAACUUGGUGA